AUGUCCCUCAUCACUCUCGACCCCCUCCCCUCAGAGGUUCGCAGCCUCAUCUUUCAAUGCCUCCAGAAGACCACUCACAAGCCCACCCUCGCUUCCCUCGCUCGCGUCUCUCGGUCGAUAUACGCCCAGUCAAUUCCCCGCCUCUACAAGAGGGUCCGUCUCAAUACCCUCAAUGUGGAGGCCUUCUUCGGAAGUCUCAUAUCAGACGGUCUAGGUGGUAUUGACAGAGAGAUCUCCGCCCAUGAGCUGCAUGUUGACAACUACUUGGGGCAGCUUGAGGCCAAUGAAAACUACAUUUUGGCCGUCUCUUACAUCCCUACCUCCGCCGCCAGCUCUGGAACCGAAUAG